UGAAAUCUAUUUUUUAUUCAUACUAGAUGUGACAAAAGUUUAGAGUUUAUCAAAGUCAAACAAACGUUUUAACAUCUGUGACCUACUUUCAUCAAAGCAAGUGACAUUUUUACCAAAUAGGAGAAAAGGGGCGGAGCCCAGCAAGCUGUGAGUCAGAUAACUUCCUUAACUCCUCCGCUAAAGUGUUGAUUUGUGUUUUUCUUCAAUCGUCAGUGGCAGCUUUUAAUUUUUAAUCAGAAUCAUCUCCACUGGUUGAUGGACGAUGAGCUCCAGUGAAUCCAGCUUGAGAGUCACCAUAUAUUGUAUCACAUAUUGAUUAAGCUUUCCCGCAGCAUCAUAAAGGUGUGCACUGAAGUCUUUCGUCUCCAUGGCUGCGCAUACGAUAAAUGAUUCAUGUUUGAUAAAGAGAAGAAGCGGGCUAUAAGAAGGGCAGAGAUGCUAUCACUGCAGGUAUAGAGGAGGAGAGGAUGCACUGGAGGGACUCAACUUACAGUUUAGAGGUGAGCUCAGACAGAAGUGGAGGCCAAAGUUUCUUAGUGAUCAGUGAGCCGCUGCUUCAGCUUCUGGUCUUCAGGUGGAUCUUUUCUGUCUCUGGGAUCUUCCCACAGCAUGGAAGAAGCUGAGGACGGCGUAGCGGUGGUGGGGAUUGGCUGCAAUUUCCCAGGAGGAGAAGGUCUGGAAAAUUUCUGGAAGGUUCUGGUAAAUGGCAAGAACUGCUGUGUUCCAAUUCCCAGAGAGCGGUUUGACACCAGGAGCUGGUACGACCCGGAUGACACCAAAGCUGGGAAAUCCCGCACAGCGAAGGCAGCAUUUAUGGACGGGUUUAACGAGUUUGACCACAGGUUUUUUGGCAUCAGUGAGAGUGAGGUGGAGCAGAUGGACCCUCAGCAGAAGCAGCUCCUUCAGUGUGUUUACAGAGCUUUGGAGAACGCCGGGAUUCCCAUGGAAAAAGCCAGUGGGACACGAACCGGAGUCUUUUUUGGAAUGAUGAACAGAGAUUAUGAAACAAACGCCGCACACAUGCAUCCCAGCGUGAUCAACCACUGGACCGGCACCGGGCUCGCCAUGAGCAUCGCAGCAAACCGGGUCUCUUAUGUCUUCAACCUCACAGGCCCCUCCCUGUCCUUAGACUGCGCCUGCUCUUCAUCCCUCGUGGCUCUUCAUCUGGCAUGUCAGUCCAUCAAACAAGGGGACUGUGACAUGGCCUUUUGUGGGGGGGUGAACUGCAUCAUUGAGCCAAGAGUGUUUGUAGCUCUCAGUAAGGCCAAGAUGAUCUCACCGGAGGGGACCAGCAAGCCUUUCUCCACCCAAGCAGACGGUUACGGUCGCGGGGAGGGCUGCGGCGUUGUUCUCCUCAAACCACUCAAAAGGGCUCUUCAGGACCUUGACCACAUCUGGGGUGUCAUCACCAAAACUGCAAUCAACCAGGAUGGACGCUCAGUGGUUCCUAUGACUAAACCCUCCGUGAAACAACAAGAAGAGCUGCUGCGCAGGAUCUACUCAGAGCAGGACACCGCAGCUGUCCAGUUCAUCGAAGCCCAUGGAACUGGAACCCCAAUUGGAGACCCAACAGAAGCAGAAAGCAUCUCAAAUGUCAUCACCAAAGCCAGACCUCCCGGUUCUCAGGUACUAUGGGUUGGUUCUGUAAAGAGCAACAUUGGACAUACAGAGUCUACAGCUGGAAUGGCCGGACUCAUCAAAGUUCUGCUGAUGAUGAAGCACAAGACCAUUGUUCCCUCGGUUUUCUACUCUGAAAAAACAUCCAGUGUUGAUGUUAAAGCCCUGAACAUUAAAAUUCCCCAAAGGGUGGAGAAAUGGGAAUGCUCUGGUCCAAGAGUGGCAGGUGUAAACAACUUUGGCUUUGGGGGAACAAAUGCACAUGCCAUCGUCAAACAGUACCUACAACCACACGCUCGACAAAAGAGCGAUGAGAUGCCAGCAAAGUAUUUUGUUAUGUCUGCAAUGUCUCAGAAAUCCCUCACCAUGAUGGUGGAAGACACCCUGAAACACCUGGAAGAAGAUAGGAAAGUUGAUCUGGAUUCGCUGCUGUUUACGUCAGCUUGCAGAAGAAGUCACCAACGACACAGAUAUCGAAAAGUGCUGUUGGUUUCAUCUGUAAAUCAUCUCAUGGAGAAGCUGAGGGGCACAGCUGCCAAGAAUAUCCGCCCAGCCCUUUCUGACCCUAGGCUUGUGUUUGUGUUUUGUGGAAAUGGCCUCACCUACCCCGGCAUGUGCAGGCAGCUACUGAAAACUCAGCCUGUGUUCAGGGACAAGAUUGCACAGAUUUCACACCUUUUCAAAGUUCUGAACCCUCUCAACAUCUUAGAAACACUUGAGAGUGACUCUGAAGUGAGUGACUCCAAAAGUCCAGAUGUUGUGCAGCCUCUACUUUUUGCCAUUCAGGUUGGAAUUACCUCCCUACUCAGACACUGGGGGGUCAAACCCGAUGCUAUGCUUGGACACUCAGUUGGUGAAGUUGCAGCGGCUCACUGCUCCGGCCUUUUGUCUCUUGAAGAUGCAGUGAAGGUCAUAUACUUCCGCAGCAUCCUCCAGAGUAAGGUCAUUGGCGGUAAGAUGCUUGUGGUCAGCAACAUGGCAGUGUCAAAGGUUGAGUCUUUCCUGCCUCCGUACUCUGGAAAAGUGUGCGUUGCUGCCUUAAACAGCCCACAGUCUUGCACCAUCUCAGGUGAUCUAGACGCAAUCGAGACCCUCAGAGAAAACUUAAGGAACACUGAAAACAGUGAGAACCUUUUUCUACGCAUGCUGGAUGUGCCUGUUGCAUACCACAGCCAAAGGAUGGAUCCAAUCCUGCCAGAAAUACAGGCGAUGAUUGGUACUUUAGCAGAACAUGACCUGCAAACAGAGUUGUUUUCUACAGUAACGGGCAGGGAAGUCCAGCAAGGAGACUUCUGUACGGGAAGGUACUGGGCAAGAAACAUCCGAGAGCCGGUUGCUUUUGAGCAGGCAGUGAGGUCAGCAACAAAAGACAAAAAAGGCACAAUUUUUGUAGAGAUAGGGCCGAGAAGGGCACUACAGAGAAACAUCAUGGAAACUCUUGGAAACAACACAGAAGUUCUUGCCUCAGUGGAGCCACAGAAAGAUCACCAGUCGGUCUUGUCCACUGUGUCAAAACUGUUUGAACUUGGCUUUCAGGUAGACUGGGAUGAAUUCUACAAAGGUAACGAGGCAACACCCACGCCCUUCCCAAGAUACCAGUUUGACUGCUCUGACAGAGAUGUAAUCAUUGGAGCAGCACAGAACACCAAAGGAAGUAGUCAUCCAGUGCUCUGUCAGAGAGGAAGUGAAUGCAACAUUUUUAGCUGUGAUCUCAUGUCUGAAUCCACUGCCUAUCUAAAACAGCACAAACACAACAACAUCCCCAUCGUCCCGGGUGCUUUUUAUGCCGAGUUAGGUUUGGCUGCAUUCCUUGCAAGUGCAAAUCCAAAAGUUCCCCUCAGCUCACUGCAGCUCAGUGUCAGCUUUCACAGUCCAUUCAUUUUAACGCAGAACUCCCCUGAGAUGAAGGUUAAAGUUGUGAAAACUGAGGAGGAGACGAGCUUCACGGUCUACUCGCCAUCUGCAUUGUAUGCAUAUGGCACGGUGGUGUCAAAGGCAGAUGGAGUUAUUGAAGAGCAGCGGAUUUCUCUGAGCUCCAUCUACAAGCGGUGCACCUCUGUGGUCAACUUUCAGGAAUUUUAUUGGUAUUUGUCUCAAGGAGGCUUCCAGUAUGGAGAAGUCUUCCAGAAUAAAGCUGAAGUGCGCUAUGGGGAGGACCUGAAGGAGGCUUUGGCAACAGUUUCCAUUCCAAAAGAGCUGAAAUCUCAUUUACACGACUACUGCAUUCAUCCUGUGGUCCUGGAUUAUCUGAUGCAGCUUCUGCCGGUCACCGUGGAGCACAUCUUCGCUGGUAGGCCGGGGUUCCCUGCUCAAAUAGGAAGCAUGACAGUUUUUGAACCCCUGAAAAAUGAGAUGAUAAUCUACCUGAGAGCUACUGACGUGGGGUCAGAUCAUUUUGAGGUGUGUGGCUGUUUUGCAGACAAGGAGGGAAGGGUGCUGGUAGAGGUACAGCAUGUGAUGGUCAAAUACAUUGUUGGUCAUAACCAUGUGGUGAAGGAGUACUUCUACCAUAACACCUACACUGUCGCCUCAGAGAAGGUCGCUUCCUGUUCUCCCCCAAAGGCUUUGGUCUUCUCUGACCAUUUAGGGAUCUCAGAAGGUCUACAAAAGCAGUUAGACCAAGAAUCUAGAUAUGUUCCAGUCACACACGCCAAGGAUAUCUUAACUAACGGGUUUUCUUCUCUUCUGGCAAAUCUUAAAAUCACAUGUAUUGAGAAAAACUUUGAUGAGGUUUUAUUUCUUUGGGGUAAAGAAGACCUCACAUCACUAAAGGCAGACACCGUCCUGCAUAAUCUAGCAAGCUGCUGUGAGGUUUUCCGCCAAAUAGUCCUUAAGCUGAAGCAGAUCCAGUUCCUCAAGUCAAUCAGAGCGAUCACCUACCGUUCAUCAGACAUCACAGUGGAUCAUGUAAGUCCAGGUUUUGCAAUUGCUGGAAUGACGAGAUCAUUUGCUGCAGAGAUACCUGAUUUUUCUGUCCAGCUGAUCGAUGUUUGCUCAGUCUCUAGUGAGGAUAUCGCGGCUCUGUUUGAAGUCCUGAGAUCGUACCCUUGCAGCAAGUAUCCUGAGUUGGUGGUAAAGGAUGGGCAAAUCUUUAAACCCUCUAUUGUUCGGACCCAACCAGAAGUCACUGAUAAAACUGAGGCCCGUUAUGACACUUCAACAUCCGACUUUUGCAUUUUUCACACAGCUGAUGCACAUAAGAUGACUCACCUGACCGCUAUGCACUUUAUCAAGGAAGACCAUCCACUUGAUGAAACCUCUGUGGAAAUUCAUCCCAGCAAGGUUUGUGCUCAUACAUCAGACUAUUUUCCUGUUAGUUCCGCACACUUAACAUUUGGCCAAACUUUGUAUUGGAACAAACACUCAUCUCAGAAACACAAGCUGCUGGCUCUCGACUUCUGUGGUACCGUCACAGCAGUUGGAAAAGAUGUAAAGAAGCUAAAAGUUGGGGAUCAUGUUGCUUCUUGUUGUCCUGUUGUGGCUGCUAGUAGGGUGACGGUCCCAGAGGUCCUAUGCUACCACACCAGAAGGUUCCCAUUCCUCCACAAAACACCCUGUGUGUCAUACUUUUGGCUAGCGUGGGAGAUCCUGCAUCGAGUCUUACCUAGAGCCAAGCAGAACCUUGGAAUUGUGUGUUCUGUGCCAGAUUCUUCCUUUUUUAAAGUCUUGGUGCUUGCCUCUUGCAAAUCCGGCAGGAAUGUGACUCAAUGCAACCGAUCCUUUGCAGAUGUCAGCCACGUGGAGGCCUUUGUCGUCCUCCCUCCGUUUGACGAAUCCCUGACUGCAAAAGUUUUAAGCCUUCCAGGAAUCCGACAUGCUGUUAUCAUUUGCAACACUUACAUGCAAGGCUCUCUUGUUCAGGACACGCUGCAGAGUGUACAGGACAGCGUUGAUGUACAGACUGUUCAGAUGAAAGACGUCUUGCAAAAGGGACACUUGAGAGCACACAGGUCACACUUUCAUAAGUGGUUGAAGUCUUUGAACCUGAGCAGGAAAUUUUCCAUCAAAAACUUUACAUUUCAAAAAUCUGACGGAUCCACUUCAGAAAAUCAAUCAUCAUACUUCAGCGCAAAGACCUUGCCUGUGGUUUCUUUAGACAAGGAUAGUACAAUGUCUGACAUUCCACUUGUGCCGGCUAAAAGGCAGAUGUUCAGGAGGAGGGCAGUGUACAUUGUAGCAGGCGGCCUCUCUGGUCUCGGUUUUGAAACAGUCAAGUUCAUCUCACAAAGAGGCGGUAAACACAUUGCCAUCCUCUCCAGGAGCAAACCCACGCCUGAUGUCCAGCAGGAAAUAAACAAUGUUGAAAAACAGUGUGGAAAUAGAAUCAAGAGUCUAGAGUGCGACAUAUCCAUCUUUGAGCAUGUGCAUGACGCUUUGACAACCAUUGGGCAAAUGUUUCCUGGUUGCCCGGUCAGAGGAGUGUUUCACAGUGCCGUCGUCUUGCAUGACGGGUUGAUCGAGUCUCUUGACAGAUCACUGUAUGAGAAAGUCCUUAAACCCAAAGUGAGCGGUGUGUUGAAUUUGCACCAUGCAACACAACAGUGUCAGUUAGAAUACUUUGUGUGCUACUCGUCCAUCUCAGCCUUUCUUGGAAACGCUUCUCAAACCAACUACGCUGCAGCCAACUCCUUCCUGGACAUGUUCUGCCAGUACAGACGCAGGAUCGGGCUGCCCGGCCAGUCCAUCAACUGGGGAGCAUUGAAUCUCGGCCUGCUCUUGAACAAAGAGCAUUUCCAGCGCUUUCUGGAGGCCAAGGGGAUGAUGGUGUUAGAUGUGGCUGAGAUCCACAAGAGUCUGGAGCAGUGCCUCCUUCUCAACCAAGUCCAGCAAGCUGUUUGCAGGUUUCACUUCAGUAACAUCAGAUACAACAUCCUCUCUCAGAACAAAGCCUUGACAAUGCGGCUGUCCGCACUAGUAGAGGAGGCCUUCCAGAAAUCUAGAGAGGUGGACCCUCAGCUGAGAGAAACCAAGGCCGUCUCGCCAAAAGAGUACAUGUUUUCUUUGCUCUGUGAGACCGUCGGCGUGGACCUGACUGAACUCAGGGAGGAUUCACUUCUUUCGUCCUUAGGUAUUGACUCAAUGCAGGCCAUGACUUUGCAGAACCUGAUCUUUCAGGAGAGAGGAGUGAACGUGCCUCUGGUGAACCUAUUGGAUCCCUCUGCCACCUUCUCAACAGUGAUAGCUUUACUAAGUAAUGAAUCAGAGGAGGGAAAUAUCGGUUCCGUCCCGAAUAAAGACGUGGACGAUGUUCUGACCAGACUCUGAAAGCCACAGGGUCAAGCCUCCAAACUCCAAAAACGCAUGGACUGACAUGCCGACAGGUUCUUUUGAGCAAUCAUCACUGAGGUGAAACCACAGCCU